AACGAGCCCAGUGGACUUAUGUCCGGAACCGUAAUAAAUAAAUAAAAAAAAAAGGAAAAUAAAAUAGUUUGACAUUUGACAAAUAAUAAAUGCCAGGAAUCUGUGGAAAAUACAUAAUAUUAGUUCAAUAGAAAAAGGAAAGCUCAAAACUGAAAACAAAUUAUUAAUCGUGAGAUCGAGGAAAAGCCUUAUUUAAAUUUGUUUGGAACGCUAAUAUUUGCCGUACUAAAAUGUCUUCCGACGCACUAAACAUCGCCCGGCGUAAACUAAACGAUGUUCUUGGAGAAAAAUCAACAAAAUAUUUCAACCACAUGAAGCAGUGGUUUCGUAUGAAACUUACUAAAGAAGAAUUCGACGCAGAAGCCCGUAAACUUCUAAACAAUGAACAAGUGCAUCACCAUAAUGAAUUUUUAUUAGCAUUGUUAAAUAAAGUUGAAGGUCUGGCCGAGGCAUCCAUCAGUAUAGCUCAAGAGAAAGCAAGCUCUCAUAACAGGAAUAGCAGACGACACAAAAGAAGUUCGCGAACGUCCGAGAAAAGUAACUUUGAACCUGUUGAUUUGCUCGAGUAUUUGCCGCCUAAUUCGCCGCCGGGCGCUGGCAGCGAUGGAGUGAAAUAUGCCGCACAGGAAAUUUUCCUGCCAGAUCAUGCACUGGUAGUAGGCCGUUUUAUGUUAGCGGCAUGGGAACUAGGCUUAGAGGGUGCAGAUGACGAAGCAGCUGAUAUCAUGGUGGUGGCUGUCCAGAACUUCCUCAAGAAUGUUAUAAGUGCUGUGAUAUCACAACGGAAAGGGUAUAAAAUGAGAGGGAAGCACUUCAUGUAUGAUAUUGGAAGGGAUGUGCCCAACAUGUGGUUAAGGAAUACAGCCAAAUUGUACGAUCCCCAGUUUGAAGGCAGGGUGGAGGUGGAUGAUGGAGCUGAUGCUUUGGGACCGAGAUGUCCCCCUACAAUUGAUGAGAUGGAACAAUCUGCCGCAUUUGAGAUUGCUUGCAGCAAAACAGAUGAGGAACCUAAUGAUGAUAAGUUAACAAUUGAGGAGUUCUAUACCACACUACUUACUCACAGGAACAUUAUAGCGUGCCAUUCUGUGUAUGCAGUAAACAUGGAACGGUUGGCUGUUAUGUUGAACCAUCCAAGUUACUGAACAUCGGUUUUAAAAUUAUCUAAUGAAUUUGAUAUGUUUAUGUCGGGAGCAUAGCUACUGCUGUAUCAGCCAUAUCAGUAAUACGGGGCCACUCUUGGCCCAUAUCUACAUUAAACUUCACACUGCCCUGAAGAGGCCCCAACAAAUAUACAUAUAUGGCCCCUCUAUGCCAAGCUACCCUACUGGCUUGUAUAUAAUUGUAGAAGAAUUAAAGUCAGGACAGGGCAACUCUGUAUGGUAAGUGAAGAAGAAAUGUUUACAGACCCUUAUAGGCUUCAGUGUGUUAUGUCAACAUAAAGCGGCCUACUACAAGGUAUACACAUUAACUCUGUACCCAGGGAUGUGACAAAAUUCGGUGUAAAAGGGUGUAUGUUUAGUGUGGUGACUGAGCACACAAGAAUUACCUUGUAGUUUAUUAUCACCCUAUAAUAUAUCUAAGUCAAAAAGAAGCUAUUCUCUAGACUAAGGAAAUGAUUUUAAACAACCAGGCUUGGUAUUAAAUAGAGCAACCAUGUGAUCUGUUAGUCUUUUUACAAUAAUACAGUGAUGCUGAUGCUAUUGUUAAAUCUCAGGUUACACUACCUUUUUUUAAAACCACUAUGUGUAGUAAAAAUUGAAUAAAUGUUAGGUCUUAUGUUGAAUUCAAUGGCUACAAUUGAUUAAUGUCUUCAUCAAAUAAGCCUGUCUGACUAACAUUAAGAAUUGAUAUUUCAAAGUAAUUAUAUGGUGUUGUGUAAUAAAUGUUUAUUUAUACAA